UGAAGAAGAAAGAAAAUAUUUAACAAAGAAACCGAGCCCAGCAACGCUCAAGUGGAGGCGACGUGUUUGCAGAUGCUUUCUACAGCCGAGGUUUGCACAUGGACCGGGAUCAGAACCAGAAGCAGGAGAUGGACUGGGAUCAGAACCAGAACCAGAAGCAGGAGAUGGACCAGAACCAGGACCAGCAGAUGGACCAGAACCAGGACCAGGACUCCGGGUCCAGCAGGACUGAAGCUGCAUGUCUGCAGAAACAUAAAGGCAAAGAGAGGCCCACAGAUUACCCCUGUGAUCAGUGUGAUAAAGUCCUUACCACUUCAUCAUCCUUGAAGAGACAUAAGAUGAUUCACACUGGAGAGAAGCCAUACAAAUGUGAUCAGUGUGGGGCAACUUUUACUGAAUCGGGUACUUUAAGAACUCACCAACGUGUUCACACUGGAGAGAAGCCGUACAAAUGUGUUCAGUGUGGGGCAGCUUUUGCCAGAGCAGAUAGUUUAAGAAGUCACCAACGUGUUCACAGUGGAGAGAAGCCAUACAAAUGUGACCAGUGUGGGGCAGCUUUUGCCACAUCAAAUACUUUAAGAAGUCACCAACGUAUUCACACUGGAGAGAAGCCGCACAGAUGUGAUCAGUGUGGGGCAGCUUUUACUGAAUCGGGUACUUUAAGAAGUCACCAGCGUAUUCACACUGGAGAGAAGCCGCACAGAUGUGAUCAAUGUGGGGCAACUUUUAUUAAAUCAAGUGCUUUAAUGAGGCACCAACGUGUUCACAGUGGAGAGAAGCCGUAUAAAUGUGAGCAGUGUGGGGCAGCUUUUACUCUAUUAGGUACUUUAACAAAUCACCAACGUAUUCACACUGGAGAGAAGCCGUACAGAUGUGAUCAAUGUGGGGCAGCUUUUACUGAAUCGGGUACUUUAAAAAGACACCAACGUGUUCACACUGGAGAGAAGCCGUACAGAUGUGAUCAGUGUGGGACAGCUUUUAAUCUAUUAGGUAAUUUAAUAAAGCACCAACGUAUUCACAGGGGAGAUAAGCCGUACAGAUGUGAUCAGUGUGGGGCAGCUUUUACUCAAUCAGGUGCUUUAACAAAGCACCAAUUUGUUCACAACGGAGAUAAUCCAUACAUGUGAUCAGUGUGGGGCAGCUUUUACUCAAUCAGGUGCUUUAACGAAGCACCAAUUUGUUCACAACGGAGAUAAUCCAUACAUGUGAUCAGUGUGGGGCAGCUUUUGCCAGAUCAGAUAGUUUAAGAAGUCACAAUUGUAUCCACAUUGGAUAAAAUGUGUAUGAUGAGUUUGAGGCAGCUUUUAUUAGGUGUUCAUUCAAAUGGCACAAACAUAAACAUGUUAGGAAAAAAAACAGUGAUAGAAAUGUGUUUAAUCUGUUGUUCCGAGAGAAAGAAAUCUAAAGGUAUAAGUCUAAUAAGUACAGUUUUAUAUUAGCUUUUUAAAAAUGGUUUGCUUCUGUUGGCAAAUUAGUAACUUUUUUUGUAAUAUUUUUAUAUUAUAAUACAACAUUUUUCACUAGUUUUUGUCAUUGUUCUGUUAAUAAAGAUAUAGAGAGAAAUAAAGUUAUUUGUUUUUUUGGAUUUCAGUUUCCUGCUCAGUAAAACCACUGUAAACAAAUAGGAAGUCAAUGUCAGAAUGUUAGAACAGUGUCCCACAGUAGUGCCUUGUUCAUGUGAUUUUAUCACUGUAGAUAAAUGAUUGUUCUUGCUUUUAAUUUUAUCUGAGGGAUAUAAGGAAAAAAAUGCUUUACUAGUGACACCCUCUGCUUCUGAGACCAGCUGGUCAACUGUAAAAGUAAGUGAAUGCUGUCAUAGACUUACAAAGCUAAUGACAAUUUAAACUUUUUUUUUUUUUAAAUCCUGUGAAUAAAAUGUGUGUCUGAAGGAUAAGUUAUAUGUAGAGGAGCAGUAAUUGGAUCAGUGACUGUUCACAACAAAGACCCCAGCCCUAAUGGCCCAAUGGUUAAGGCACUGGGCUCCUCUUCUGAAAUCAUCAACAAUUACAUCAAUAACAGCCAUCCCUUGUUUGCUGCUGUGGACCGGUUAACAAACCCUCCUGUGUCAGUAGCAUCUGAACUUCACUCUACAUGGACUUGCAAUGAAUUUGCCAAACUUUUUAUUGAUAUAAUCCAGAUGAUUAGAAAAGCAGUCACCCCAUCAAUAUCAAGUCCAGUAACAUUAAUGUCCCCAAUUAAAAACAAUUUGGACAAAAUGACACAAUUUCACGCAGUCAUCUACAAAAACCUGGAGGAUAUUAUGGAUCAGCCAGAAGCAUCAGGGGUUUUGGUUCCCCUUGCUGUUGGGCUGUAAUUCAGGUCAUUCACUCACUACCAGUAGAUGAUUGUUCUUUCCGUUAUCAUUGUUGCUGACUCAAGAUGGCCGCCGAUGGUGAUUGGGAGCAGAUCUUGGCUGCCCCAGUGCCACCAGAUAUAGGAAAUUGUUAGCCUCAAGGAAGACGUCUGGAUACUGUCUAACGAACUAAAAUCCAAGACUGAACUGCUUAAUUAACUUUUGCAGGUGGCCCAUCAGCAGUCCAUGCACAUCGGGCUCAAGAGGCUCAAGACCUUCGUUUUAGUUUAGCUUUUAACAUAAUUUUUUUAUUGUAUAGUGUGGUUUAGUUUUUUUUGUUAUCUAGUUAUUUCUUAUUAUUUUAUUUUUCAAUUCUUUUAUUAUGUACUUAUUCUUUUGUAUUAACUUUUUUUUAUUUCAUUUUGUUCUUAGGUUUAUUUCAAUGUUGUUUUUACUUUUCAUAUGUUAACUCCAGUGCUUUUUCCUCAUGAGGAUCUUCCACACCGGGUACUAUGCCUACUUGGCCUGUGUGUCAGGAUUUGACAUUUCCCUGUUUUGUUUUGAAAGCCCCUGUCCCUGAGUUUCAGUUCUGUCUUGAACCUCCUGUUUCCCAUCUGCCCUGAUUGUCUGCACCUGUGUCUCGUUAUCCUUUGUGUAUAUCUAGUCUUGUCUUUCCCCGGCUCCCCGCUAGUCCGUACUGUUUGCUCCCUCCAUGUUCUCCUCAUCAGGUUCUCCAAGUUUUUUGAUUCUUGUUUUAAGUUCUGUUUUUUUUAAUCCUGUUCAGCAGCGCUUUUGUUUUGUU